GAAGGUCACAUGAUAGGGGUGCGCGUCGGAGUAUUUCAACAGCGAUUCAGCCAUUUUCUACAGGAUAUUCCGAAAGAGUCCGCGAUAGUUCUGGAAACGGUCAAUCCUUAAAUAUGGCAACUCAAGGAGAACCUCAAGUUCAGUUUAAGCUUGUUCUAGUUGGAGAUGGGGGUACGGGUAAAACAACUUUUGUGAAGCGUCACUUGACAGGAGAAUUCGAGAAAAAAUACGUAGCUACUUUGGGUGUUGAAGUCCACCCGCUCGUGUUUCACACCAACAGAGGUGCAAUCAAAUUCAACGUGUGGGACACAGCUGGGCAAGAGAAAUUUGGUGGUCUUCGUGAUGGCUAUUACAUUCAAGCCCAGUGUGCCAUUAUUAUGUUUGAUGUAACAUCUAGGGUAACAUAUAAGAAUGUCCCUAACUGGCACAGAGAUUUGGUGAGAGUCUGCGAGAAUAUUCCCAUUGUUUUGUGUGGCAAUAAAGUAGACAUCAAAGACCGAAAAGUGAAAGCGAAGUCCAUCGUCUUCCAUAGAAAGAAGAACCUUCAGUAUUAUGACAUCUCUGCCAAAAGCAACUACAACUUUGAGAAACCCUUCCUUUGGCUUGCCAGGAAGUUGAUUGGAGACCCCAAUUUGGAGUUUGUGGCAAUGCCUGCUUUGGCACCACCUGAGGUUGUUAUGGAUCCAGCACUGGCUGCACAGUAUGAGCAAGAUUUACAGGUUGCCCAGUCUACUGCUUUGCCAGAUGAUGAGGAUGACCUGUGAGUGCGGCUGGAGCCAGGCACCGGCCGUCUAGUUUUAUAGGCAGCUGUCUGUGAAAAUCUUGGUGGCGCGGCUCGUCUCCCGCAGUAGUUCCACAGAACACUUAUAUAUGUGCUUUAAAAAUCUUGAGCGGCUGAAGAGAGUGUGGAUUUCGGUGUGAAAGUGUGAUGGAGAAAAUACAAAUCAAUUCCUACUACUUUGGACCUGCAUAAAACUUGGCUUUUUGGACUGCAACUAUUCUGCCCCCUUAUGAAUUUUGAUAAUUUAUAAGCCUUCUGCAGUAAACAAUACACAUUGGUGGCACUUGUUACUCAUUCCCUUUUUUAAUACAUAAUAAAGUUGUUUCAGUUUUGAAAGCAAUUGGCUCAGGAUUUUUCAUUGCACAUUAAAUAUGAAGUCUAAUGUGAAAAGUGGUGUAACUCAUGCUUAGCUGCUGCAUGAGUAUUUCCUUAAAUUAUGUAAUCAAAAAGCAGUUCAAAUGUUCUCUUAUUCUUGGCAUUUGAUACUUAUCAGCACCUCAGUUUGGCCAUGUGUAUUUUUCUGCUGUGGAGUUUCAAGAUUUUCAUUUGUUUGAUGUUUCUCGGUUUAAAUAUUUGUAAAAUGGAGCCUUUCUAGGUCUAAGUGUUGCUGUGAAGUUUUUCUGUAGCAUUAUUUUUAAUGUUGAUCCUAAUUGAAAUGGGCUGAUCAAUGAAGGCUUAGUAAGAUAGAAUGUGCCAGAUGCGUAAAAGCUCAAUUUUGCUCCGGAGUUAUAGAUCUGUAAUUGUGUCCCUGAGCUAGUAUUCGUUAUUUCAGAAAGUGUAAAGUGGAGUAUCCAGAAUGGAAAUACCGUAGAACUGCAUCUUAUGUUAAAGUGAAAUUUGUGAAUCUACGGAUUCCCUCAACUACGUUGUAAAUUGAUUCAGCCCCGCCAAGUCAGACCACACUUGCCACAAUCCUAAAUAUGUAGGAAACUAAACCCAAAUUCUUGGCUCUAGUCUGUACAGUUCAACCUUUUGCAACCAAACCUGACUUUUUUUUUUAAAUAAACCUACAGUGUGAUUGAUGGCUGUCUUAAGAGAUGGUAUGUUGCUGAACAAAAGGGGCACUGAAGAAUGCACCUUGAUUGCUAACUAUUGCCAACCAUUAACUUAAAACCUUGUAAGAUCGUUGGGGUGUCAGUGGUACCUCGUAUAGAGGCUUUUUUUUUUUUUAGAUUUAACCAAAAAAGGUCUUAAAAUUCAGUACAGAAUGCAUUAAAUUUGUCAAGAUAAAAAGCUUUUCUUUAGCUUGUGGACUUGGUGUAACAUCUUAUUCAAGAGGCCACUGAUGCUUAUCAAGCUGUUAGUUCUUAUGCCUUAGGUUUAGUAUUGAAACAUUUGCACACCUUAUCCACCUUCAAAACCUGUGAAAUGUAUGUAAACGGUGCAAAAAAUAAAACUUGUUUUGAGAAACCAGA